UACGAAACGAAAAACAAAUUUAAUAAAAUUUAUAGUAACUACAAAAUCUAUUUGUGAAUAAAUGUGUAUUAUUUUUUUAGAUGUGUUAACUCUUGAGACAUUAUUUAGUAUGGAUGUCUCGUUGACCAGUACAUCCAUACAAAAUAAAUAAUUAUAUUAUACUUUCAAUUACUUUGUACGACAACGACGAUCCACCGCACACCUUAUGACAACCUGUUCGCUGUGAUAAUAAUAACAAUCAUAUAAUUUAUAUUACAAUGCCGAUGCUCAAGAUGACGUUGCAACAACCACACAGCAACAGCAACAAUAGCGAUAACGAAAACGAAAUCAACAACAUCAGCGUGGUCGGGUCAUACACGCUGCGGCAGCGUCGGAGGAGGUGCGCGACCAACGGUUGGCUGACGAUGGUGUUCUUGGCGUACUCGUUCCUGCUGACCGUCCGGGUACAUUUCAUGUACUCGAUGAUGGUGAUGAUGAACGUACCGCUGGUGGCGCGUACCGCCGACCUACAGCCGUGCCCGGGGGCCGUGCUGAACGUGGGCCGGAACUCCACGAUCGUGGUGGCCAGACGGCUGGACUGGACGAUCCGGGAACAGGCGGCUACGAUGGGCGCGUACUUUUUCGGCACACUGGUGUCGACUCUCCCGGGCGGCAUGUACUCGAACCACGGUUACGAGCGCUCCAUAAUGAUGUGGUGCGUGGCCAUCACGGCCGCCACGUUGGCACUGGUGCCGAUCGCGUUCGUCCAGUACGAGAGUUGGGUGGCCGUUACGUUUCUCAGGUUCCUGCAAGGGUGUGCGUUCGGACCUACUGGCUCGUGCGGCGGGACUUUGGCCGGUAAAAUCAUACCGAAAAAGAACAGGAUCCUGUACACGACGUUCAUGUUUUCCGGCACAAUGUUCGGCGGCUCCAUGGGGAACUUGUAUAGUGGAAUAGUCAUACCUAACGUAUCGCACGACGGCAGCUACUUUGUGCUAUCCGUCAUCGGAUUCGUCUGGGUCGCCGUUUGGGCGACCAUGAUGCAUCUGACACCGUACGACAGCGACUUGAACAGCAUCCCCAUGUCCGUGUCGUUCAUAUCCUCAUCGUGGACCAUGAUUAUCCAAUCCAUGCCGUUUAUCAGUCUGCUGAACGCAUCUUUCGGACUCGGAUUUUUAUACAGCUUUGUCACUACCUGUUUACCGAUUUAUACUGCCAAUGUCCUUGGUGGCGAUGCAAUGAGAAACGGCAUACCAGUAUCUGUGACAUGGUUAGUCGGUUGGAUUACGUCUAUAAUCGCAGGAAUCUCAGCCGAGUCGUUGACGAACGUUGACACGAUUACGAAGACAACGGUCAGGAAGAUGUACGUCGGAAUUGUGUUAAUCGGAUCACCGAUAAUGCUCUUUGGCGCCAUGGUCGCUGGAUGUGACAGUGCGUACGUCAAAACAUUUACGAGAACGUCUGUCAUAUUAUUGGGUUUUGAACGAAGCAGUAUUCGAAUAAAUUCCAUCGACUUAUGUCCUGGUUAUAUGGGAAGUCUAAUAGCAAUGUGUGAUGUUUUUUACUCUAUGGGAAAUAUAAUUGAUCUAGUGGUGGUUCGAAGUUUAUUUGCAGACACCAUGAACUGGAGCGUAACAUUCCAUGUGAUUAUUAUUGUGUCAAUUUCGUGUAGCAUACUAUUUCUAUUUUUCGGAUCCUCACUACAACAAUGCUGGGAUCAAAGAUACAUACGUCCAUAAACACAAAAUAAUUGUGCAUGUGAAGUUUAAGACGACGUACUGACCUUGUAUAAUAAUUAUCUUCAAAUAUUAAUAAUUUAAUAAAAUUAAUUUUUAUUCAAAAAAAAAAAA